AUGGCAUUGUUAAAUCAUAUAAUUGAUACAUUACCUGUUAUGAAUGAAGAAUGGUCUGAUGCUGUUUUAUUUUCUCCUUUACAAGCUGAGCAAGCAAUGAUGGAUCAAUUUGCCGAUACGCUUGCAGUCCGUGUCUUUCUAAAAAUGGCAAAUCUUCCAUAUAAAUUGGAACAAAGACAAAAUGCUUAUUUUAUGUCGCCAACAGGAGAGGUUCCAUUUUUAAGAGUAAAAAAUUCUUUAACUGCUGAAUUUUCUCCAAUUGUUGAUUUUGGUAUUAAACUAUCCGAUUCCUUAACAGCUUCUGAACAAUCUGACAUUCAAGCAUAUUGUGCAUUAAUAGAAGAAACUUUACGGAAUGCUGAGAAAUAUAUUUCUUGGUUGGAUGAAGAGUGUUAUGAUAAAGUUACUAGUGGAAGAUAUUCGAGUGUUUACAAUUGGCCAUUAAAUUUAUUUUUACCCUUACUUAAACAACGUGAAGUUUAUAAUGAUUUGAGUCAAAAUGGUUGGGCUGAUUAUUCAACAAAAACUGUUAUUGAGCUUUGUGAUAGAUGUUUCCAUGCUCUGUCAAUGAAAUUAGGAUCACAACAAAAAUAUUUUAUUGGCGGACAACCAACAGAAUUGGAUGCACUGGCGUUUGGUCAUCUUUACACUAUUUUGACAAUGCAAAUGCCAAAAGAUGAUUUAAUUAAUACGUUGAAAAAAUAUCCAAAUUUAAUUAAUUUUUGUAAAGGAAUUGAAAGUGAAUAUUUUUCUUGA